AGCAACACAUACACGCGCACACUUCUCCCAGCGCUGUCCUUUUAAAUCGUGGGAAAUAAGGAUGAGCCAAACAGACCAGACAACAUCGACGGAUUUCAGCGAUACGAACUUAUUCGAAGCUCUCGAGAUUUCCCCCGAUACGAUGAUGCACGUGGACAUAAUGCCGCUGAUCAAAGACGGAUUGAAGUACACAAUCCAAGCAAAGCGCAGAGCUCAAGGCCUCGCAGAACUCUCAGUUGAACAAAAACGCGUUCGACCCGAAAAGCUAACACCAGCAGAAGCAGAAAGACGGCGAAUUCGCAGAGAAAGAAAUCGAAUCGCUGCCACCAAAUGCCGGAAUAAAAAAAGAAGUCAAAUUAAUACACUUGACGAGGAAUCAAAACGACUCGAAGGCCUGAAUCACAAACUGAAAGAAGAAAUCGGUAAAUUACAAAUUGAGAAGAGCUUUUUGUCAGAUACUCUCCAGGCGCAUUUGUCUAUUUGCAGUCUAACCCAAGCACCAGCAAUUUACGACCAAUGA